AUGAUCAACGGCAACUCAAAGAUACUGGAACCUCCCACGGGGACUCACAUCAAUAGCACCGAUCUGAAGAAACUGAAAAAUUCUUCUCCAUCACGGGACAAUACCAACGAACAACAGCCUGUUGCUCGCUCACCAUCCCCGCAACAUCUGCACAUUGAUCUGUCCAAACAGAGAUCGUCGUCCCUGUUAAACCGUCACGAAUACCUCUCUGAUGAAAUAUACAGAUGCGAAUCAAAUGAUUCACUGCCUUCAUUACAUAAUCUGGCGUCAUCCUCAUCACUCACUCUCAAAUCACCAUCAUCUUCUUUAUCUCCUUCGCCCUCUUCUUCUUACAAAAAAUACAUUAAUAACGACAACUCUUCAUAUUCUCAAUCAUACAAUAACAUUCCAAGCGCAACAACAACCAACACAAACUUCCUCACUCCAUCAAUGAAAUUCAAAGGGUUCCAAAUGUCAGGGUACAAGAAAUACCAAGUAACGGUGACAAUAAAGACCGUGAACCUUCCUUCCUCCACACAGGAAACCAUCACCACCCAACCUCACAUGACAGGCUCCCUCACCAUAAAGGGACUCACUUUCCAAUACCCGCAAAUUACUACAUUCUUCCAAUCUUUCGCCGUCAAUGAAAAUUUCCAUUUCUUAUCCUCGCAUUGGGACGCUAAUACAAGAGCUCAGCUGCAUGAUUUACAAAGUAAUGAUAGGAUCGAUUUGGAACAUUGGUUGAAUUUCCCCAUCUUUAAACAAUUGUUUAUGGCGGAUGUGGAAGGAGAAGAAACACAAGACCAUGAAAUUGACUCGUAUUUGAAACAGUACUUGAAUAAUAGAUUCAUUUUCAUGAGAUGGAAGGAGAAAUUUUUAAUCAGGGAUGGAGAACAUAUUGACGAUGACGAUGAAGAUGAAAUUAACGGCGCUUCAUUCGAUGGGUUCUAUUACAUCGUUCAUGACCAAGUGGAUGGAUCCAUUCAUGGGUUCUAUUACCAUAAGGAUGCGGAAAAAUUCCAACAGUUGGAAUUGGUACCCGUGUUCAACGAAAGAUCCAGUCAUCCAAGUUCCACUUUUGAAUUCGCAUAA